AUGUACACUAAUCAUCAGGGCACUGCCUCGUGCCAGUGCCCAUCAGUGCCACAUCCAUGCCACAUAUCAGUGCCUACCAGUGCACAUCAAUGCCACAUAUCAGUGCCCAUCUGAGCUGCCUUUCAGUGUCACCCAUCAGUGCCAUCAGUGUCGCCUAUCAGUGCGCAUCAGUGCCACCUAUCAGUUGCUGCCUAUCAGUGCCAUGUAUCAGUGCUGCCUUUCAGUGCCCAUCAGUGAUGCCUGUCAAUGCCCAUCAGUGCUACCUACCAGUGUCUCCUCAUCAGUGCCCAUCAGUGUCACCUAUCAGUGUCCAUCAGUGUAGCCUAUCAGUGCCCAUCACUGCAGCCUUAUUAGCGCACAUCAGU